CAAACAUUUUGUAUUUCUGUUCUAAGAAGACCGCAGCAAAAAUAGUAUUGAUUUUGCAUCAAUUGUGAAGAGAUUAAUUUAAAUAACUUAGCAGCUCUCAACGACGAAUCUGAACAAGAAAAAAACAAUCUGCACGAUGGCUCCCUUUAAUGUUGACGAGUUUAAUGAAAUCCUCGAUAAGUGUCGAGAUAAGUCAUCGCAAAAGGAACAAGAUGAGAUACUUCUAUUACCUUUUGUUUACAUUCAACAAAUUCCAGGCAAGCAAAUACGUAAACAAUUGGCGCUGGCAUUCAAUCAUUGGCUAAAAAUACCCAUUGAAAAAUUACAGGCCAUCAGCGAAAUUGUUCAAAUGCUACAUAAUUCAAGUUUAUUGAUUGACGAUAUCGAGGACAAUUCUCUCCUUCGUAGAGGAAUUCCAGUUGCGCAUUCCAUAUAUGGCGUAGCAUCGACAAUCAGUGCUGCAAAUUAUGUAUUAUUUCUUGCUCUUGAAAAAGUUCUUCAAUUAGGACAUCCUGAGGCUACGCACGUGUACAACGAACAGAUUCUUGAGUUGCAUCGUGGGCAAGGAAUGGAAAUAUAUUGGCGCGAUAAUUUUCAAUGCCCAUCAGAAGCCGAAUAUAAAUUAAUGACAAUAAGAAAAACUGGAGGAUUAUUCAUGCUUGCCAUUCGUCUUAUGCAACUUUUCAGUGAUAAUAAGAAGGAUUUUACACGUCUAACUGCUAUUUUGGGACUCUAUUUUCAAAUUCGAGAUGAUUAUUGUAAUUUAAGUCUUAAAGAGUACUCUGAGAAUAAGAGCUUUUGCGAAGAUCUUACAGAGGGAAAAUUCAGUUUUCCCAUCAUACAUGGAAUCAAAAACGAAGGAGCGGAUCAUCAAGUCUUGCAUAUUUUGAGGCAACGAACUCGUGAUGUCGAAGUUAAACGAUACUGCAUUGGACUGUUGGAGAAACUUGGCAGUUUCAAAUAUACACAAGAGGUAUUAGAGGAGUUAGAUAAACAAGCUCGGAAAGAAGUUCAACUUUUAGGUCCCAAUCCAAUCAUGGAGAACUUGCUUAAUGAUCUCCUAAGUUGGAAGAACUCUGAAACUAAUGAUAAAUAAACGAGAUGACGUACUUAUUUAAAAAAGGCCGUAAAAAGAAACUUAUUCAAUACCUAUUUAUUUUAGUUUAAAUUUCGUUGUAUAACUUAUAAAUUGAUAAUCGUUUUUCCUUUUAAAAAAUGUUGAAUUUAAACCAUUCUUCAAACAUUCAAGUUUUAACUUAUAAAAAAAAUCGAAUGAUCUCAAUUCAUUUCGGUAUUAAAUAAAUUAAUACUUAUAAAAAAUUACUUAAAUAUUAGAAAAAUAGCAAGAAAUGAAAAAAAAUAUUCAAUAAAACUUUCCUCAAAACAUUAACAUAUCUUAAAAAUAUUAUGCUUCAAUUCAUUACCAAAACCAUAUCUCGAAGAA